AUGCGGGACCCAAUCCCACCGCUAACGAUGCUGGUCCACCUCAGUCAACCUCUGGCUGACAAACUGGACCUGAGGACUAUGCCUUACCAUGUCCAUGAAAUCCUACUAGGCUUUCUUGCAUACUACUUCAUCCUUUAUGGACUUUCGCCAGCCAUUUCUCAACUCGUGUGCCCCAAGACUUACACAGGCUUCAACUGGUGCACACGACUGAACUCUGAUACUCACUGGGUUUCCAAGAUCCAAGCGCUCUUCAUUAAUGGUGCUGCUCUGUAUGGCUUCGCAGCUGGCUACUUCUUGUGGGAUCUCCAAGUCUGCCUACAACACUUCCGCAUCUGCGGAGCUGGUGCCUUGGUACACGCCACAGGGUGCUCUGGCUAUAACGUGCAUUGGCUUCAACAGAAGCCCUUUGGAAACUACUACGGCCUAUCGUUCAUCCUGUAUGAAUUAUCGACACCCUUUCUAAACGUCCACUGGUUUUGCGACAAGCUGGGUCUUACCGGAUCGAAGCCCCAACUGUAUGAUGGCAUUGCACUGCUCUUUACCUUCUUUGCUUGCUGUAUUGUAUGGGGUACUUACUACUGUGAGAUAACCGAACUGCCUAUGUGGUUGGUGACGAUCUACCUGGUGGGGAACACAGCGUUGAGUAUCUUGAGCAUAUACUGGUUCAGCCAGAUGGUGAAGGCUGUGAGGAAGAGAUUUGUACCGGCCGAAGAGGUAAAGGCAAAGAAGGAUAAAUAG